CAGCUUAGCAUGUUUGAAUGUUUAACUGCUGUGGUUAAAAGUUAACUUUGACUUCAGCCUUAGGAGACUGGAAAAUGAAAAAUUGAGAGAAAUCAGCUUAAUCAAACCAGCAGCACACAGUUUCAAAAACCAAGCAGAUAGGAAGGAAGGAGCAGGUAAGGUGGUGAUCCCUGAAGGACCAUUUCGAUGCCUGGGCCGCGAGGAAGAGUCCUCCCUGUGGGCACGGAGGGUUUCCGGAUUUUGGCCCUCUUCACUCUGUUACUUGCAGCUGGUAUCACAUCUUCGCAAGAUCCUAAUCAAUGUGGACCUCCAGGGCCUCCAGGAAUUCCAGGGCCCCCAGGGCCUCCAGGGCCUCCAGGACCAAUGGGUCCACCAGGAUUCAUGGGUAUACCUGGACCACCUGGGCUACCUGGGCGUGUUGAGAAGUGCCCACCAACAUCCGCAUUUUCUGUGAAGCUGAAUGGGUCUUUCCCAGGACCCCUGCAGCCCAUUGUCUUCCAGGAAGCUCUGUACAACCAUCGGGGCCACUUCGACCUGGCCACUGGAGUGUUCACCUGCACUGUUCCUGGUUUAUACCACUUUGGCUUCGACAUUGCCCUGUUUCAGAAUGCUGUAAAAGUGGCUCUCAUGAAGAAUGGCCUCCAGGUCAGGGACAAACAAGCGGAAGCCAAGGACAGCCACGAGCAUGUGUCAGGAAGUUCCAUCGUGCAGCUAGAGAAAGGGGACCGGGUCUGGCUGGAGUCUAAGCUGGACAAGGCAGAGUCUGAAAAAGGAGCCACGCCCACUGUCUUCUAUGGGUUUUUGCUCUAUAGUGAUUAAUAAGAUCAGGAGUACCAGAUGCUUCUCCACCUAAGGAGCUCAGAACUUAAGAAAAGCAUCUUUCGAUUAAAAAAAAAAAAACAAACAAAAAAAAACAAACAAAAAAAAACAAACAGGGGAAGGCAGGUGUAAUUUGUUGAUUGCAAUAAAUACAUGAUGCUCUUAUAAGAUGUUAAUAAUGGGGGAAUCUGGGUGUGGGCACCUAAGAACUCAAUGUUAUACAAUUUUUGUUUUGUAAUUUGAGACUAUUAUGAAAUAAAAAAGAUUACAAAGAAGAAAA